AUGCAAAAUGAACCAGUUCAGAAAUACAUGCGAGAAGUGCUCACUCGCGACAAGGCAGCCCAGAGCCUGCGACCCGGAGUGGGCAGCGCUCAGCGCAUCGCUCAGGAACUCCGCUCCUCCAAGCAAGUGAAGAGGAAGGAAAACCGUUACCGCGUGGUCGCCAGCCACCGACCGGGCUGUAGCGACCCAGCCGCACCCGCCAUAAAUGGCGAGGCAUCCACUGCCGGCAACAGAGCAGACUCUGAAGCGAAGGAAGGUGCUUCACAGGAGGAGAGCGGUGCUGUGGAUGAUAGCUCGGACUGCUGGGGGAAAUUCCAGCUGUUCGACAUCGAACAAGAAGAGGAGGCGGUGGGAGACUCCGGCGUAACCGCUGCAAACCCACAGCAGAAGACCGAGCCAGAUGUGAUUCUCUGCAAUGCAGUCGAGAUGAUCCGUGAGCGUUUACAUGUUUCUGAUGAUGGUAAAAAAGAACACCGUGAGAAAGAAGAUGACUAUGUUUAUGACAUCUACUAUAUGGAAACAUCAGCCCCUGGCUGGAUCCAAAAUAUCCUUUCUGUGCAGCCCUAUAGAGAAGAAUAUGAACUGGUAGAUGAUGAUAAUGUUCCAGGGGAAAUAUAUGAAGAUGAAGAUGAUGAAAAUGAUGAGAAUAACUGGCGUAAUGAUUAUCCUGAUGAAGACGAAUCCUUACUUGAGGAAGAUGGAGAAAAAGAGUCCGAAGAAAGCUUCAGUGAUGAGGACCACUGUUACAGAAGAACAUGGAACAAAUACCGACAGGAGGUUCUACGGGAAUUUGAAUAUGAUGAGAUCCAGGAUUUGGAUUCUGACUAA